GGAAGAAGAAGUCUACUUGAAGCGAAUCCAAACGGUGAAUCGUGAGAUUUCGUGAUCAUCGGCUGAAUUAAAAAUGCAUCACUGGGUUCAAGCUUCUUCUUCCGAUUUCAGUGGAACUCCUCCGCAGGCGCGGAGUGGACAUACAGCUGUCAAUGUCGGAAAAUCCAUGGUGGUGGUGUUUGGUGGACUCGUCGAUAAGAAAUUCCUCAAUGAUAUAGUUGUUUAUGAUAUUGAAAACAAACUCUGGUUUGAGCCAGAAUGUACUGGUAGCGAGUCUGAAGGACAAGUGGGUCCUACACCGCGUGCAUUUCAUGUUGCCAUCACAAUCGAUUGCCAUAUGUUCAUCUUUGGUGGACGUUCUGGUGGCAAGAGGUUGGGAGACUUUUGGGUUCUAGAUACAGAUAUAUGGCAGUGGUCUGAGCUGACUAGCUUCGGCGACUUACCUACACCUCGUGAUUUUGCUGCCGCUGCUGCUAUUGGCAACCAAAAAAUUGUAUUGUGUGGCGGCUGGGAUGGUAAAAAGUGGCUGUCAGAUGUAUAUGUUAUGGAUACAAUGUCCCUUGAAUGGAUGGAGCUGUCGGUUUCGGGAUCAUUGCCACCUCCUAGAUGUGGUCAUACAGCCACCAUGGUUGAGAAACGGUUACUUGUUUUCGGUGGCCGAGGAGGUGGUGGUCCAAUCAUGGGUGAUUUGUGGGCUUUGAAGGGUCUGAUAGAUGAAGAGCGUGAAACACCUGGAUGGACCCAACUCAAGCUUCCUGGACAAGCACCAUCAUCUCGAUGUGGUCAUACAGUUACAUCUGGAGGGCAUUAUCUUCUGUUAUUUGGGGGACAUGGAACUGGUGGAUGGCUGAGUCGUUAUGAUGUCUAUUAUAAUGAUACUAUAAUUUUGGACAGAGUAACUGCUCAGUGGAAGCGUUUACCAAUAAGCAAUGAGCCUCCUCCUCCUCGAGCUUACCAUACCAUGACUGGUAUUGGGGCACGUCAUCUUUUAAUUGGUGGUUUUGAUGGAAAAUUGACCUUCGGUGAUCUCUGGUGGUUGGUUCCCGAAGACGAUCCAAUAGCCAAGAGGUCUUCUGUACCUCAACUUAUAAACCCUCCUGAAAUUAAAGAGUCAGAGAGAGAAUUGGACAAGGAAAGGGGACAAGAGGGAUUCAGUAUUGUUGAAUUGCAAAAGAAAAUGGGAAUAUCUGUUUCAUCAGGGUUGCGCCUUCAAAUUCCCGAGGAGUCAGAUGAUCAUGAAUUCGUUGAAUUAGGAACAAGAUUAAUUGAGGGAGAUGUAGUUGAUGACCGGGCCUCUAUGAUUCAGAUGGCCACUCAAGCACUUCGUCAGCAUUGGAAAGAGUCCACUCCAAGAACUUUACAACUAAAAGAGCUUGGUUCCUUACUUCGAGAUUAUCAGCGACUUGUUACCCGAAAAUUCACGUGAGUUCUUUCUUACCCAUGCCAAUUGUUUUGGACUAAGUUCUUGUUUACUUAGAUUAUCUUUGUAUGUCUAGUCAGAUGGUUGUUCUUCGGAAUCACCACAUGACAGUAAGAUAAUUUAGAUAAAUCCUGUGGGAUUUU